AUGGAGGCGCUGGACCAGCUGCUCCUGGCCUGCCACUGCCAGAGCAUCGACCUGACCCAUCCCGGUGCCUUAUCCCGGGAUAACCUGGGUCUGAUCCUGGUGUCGGUGCGGGUGGCCAUGGAGGCGCUGGACCAGCUGCUCCUGGCCUGCCACUGCCAGAGCAUCGACCUGACCCAUCCCGGUGCCUUAUCCCGGGAUAACCUGGGUCUGAUCCUGGUGUCGGUGCGGGUGGCCAUGGAGGCGCUGGACCAGCUGCUCCUGGCCUGCCACUGCCAGAGCAUCGACCUGACCCAUCCCGGUGCCUUAUCCCGGGAUAACCUGGGUCUGAUCCUGGUGUCGGUGCGGGUGGCCAUGGAGGCGCUGGACCAGCUGCUCCUGGCCUGCCACUGCCAGAGCAUCAACCCCUUCGUCGAGAGCUUCCUGACCAUGGUGGCCAAACUGCUCGAGUCCGACAAGCCCGACCUGCAGAUCCUCGGCACCAACUCCUUUGUGAAGUUCGCCAACAUCGAGGAGGACACGCCCUCGUACCACCGCAGCUACGACUUCUUCGUGUCGCGCUUCAGCGAGAUGUGCCACUCGGCGCACGGCGACCCCGACGUGCGCGACAGGAUCCGCAUGUCCGGGAUCAAGGGGCUGCAGGGCGUGGUGCGCAAGACGGUGAACGACGAGCUGCAGGCCAACAUUUGGGAUCCGCAGCACAUGGACAAGAUCGUGCCCUCCCUCCUCUUCAACCUCCAGCAGGCCGAAAACCAGGAGAGCCGCUGGGCGGAGGAGCCGCGGGAGGGCCCCGGGGCGGCGGCCGAGCGCUGCCUGCGGGAGCUGCUGGGCCGCGCCGCCUUCGGCAGCAUCAAGAACGCCAGAAAAACGGGGAAAAUUUCCCGGGGAAAAUUCCCGGGAAAAAUUCCUGGGGAAAAUUCCUGA